GAGUCGGCCCCCAAGUAAACCAACGGAAAGUUAUUUUGGAAAAGAAAAAUAACAUUUUCUUUAUGUCAAGAGAUUUUAUCUCAGAUCAAUCAUAAUAAUUUUGUAAUUCCUGAAAAAUUUGAAAAUUGUUGAAUUGAAAAUUUAAUAAAAUUAAUUCGGUAGAGGGGAAGAAUUAAAAUUUCAAUUUCUCUCUUCCUCCUGCUGUGUCUCAGUGUGGUGAAUAUACCUACCAAUACAAGAACUAAUUAAAAUUGAAAAAAAACAAUACUGAAAAACAAAUUAAAAUUUAAUUAAACAGUUUAAAAAAUCCAAGAGGAAGGAAAACAUCGUCUUUCAAAAACAAAGGAAAAACAAGAAUUGGACUUGUUUUACAUCAAAAAAAAAAGAAAAAUCUUGCUAAGUGGUGGAAUUCUUAUUGGUUAGAGAGAACGAGAGAGAAAGUACUUUUCUCCUUGUCUCGUAUUAUUUAAUUUUACUUUACCCCUUUGUCGUGUGUUGUUGUUUUGUCUGCUUGAUUUGAUAUACCUAAAAGGAAAAACAAAAAUUGGAACAAGAAACGGAUUUUAUUUUUUAUUUUGUAGCCAUAUCAAAAUAAACAAGGACGAAGGACAAUUCUUGAAAGUGGCUACGUCAUAGAACAAACGCAUUGGCUCCAUAAACAGAUUAAAACUUUCAAACUGAUUUAAGGUACGGAGAAGAAGAAGCCAGAAAGUAUUGAUAAAACAAAACUGAUAUCAAAAAGAUCUACACAUCUAGAAUCUUCUCCUCCGCCUUAAGGAACAACAACAAAAACUGCACAACACAAAGUCGACUGGAUUGUCUUGAAGAAUAAAAAAUACUCAUCUAAGCAUCACUAUGGAUUGCGAAGCUGUUGCAGCCAAUAACGAAGUUGAAUCACGAGAAAGCUCUGCCGAACGUGAACUCAACGGAACUAAUGGAGUCGCCGAUGAGUCUGGUCAGUCUUCGUCGGUAAAUGGAAUUAAAAAGCCUCUGCCUGUUGAUAACCACGAGAAUCGCAUCAAACGAAAAGCUAAACGACUAAUCAAACAAAACAGUCGCGAAGGUGUGAUUACUACGAAUGGAGUUGCUGGCUAUGUAGUUCCUCAGCGUCGUUGGAAAAACAGCAGAAGAUCACGCAAUGGCCAUGGUCGGGGACUGCCAAAGAAAGGCGGUGCCGGCGGAAAGGGUGUUUGGGGUCUUCUUGGUUCGGAAAUUCUAGAAGAAGUAUGUGAGGACCAAAACGAUCCCAACUAUGACAGCGAAAUCAAUGACAAGGACAUCGAGCUACGAGAAGUGAUACCUGAUAUUUCGCCAGAAGAGUUCUUCAAAAUGGCGGAACCCAUUGUUCUGGAGUACUACGAGCACGGUGAUACCCACGAAGUGGCUUUGAGCUUCGAUGAGAUACUCACUGGACAAUUAAGGCCAUAUGUCACAAGCAUUCUUGUGCAGAUUUCCAUGGAUCAUAAGGACUCACAACGGGAGAUGACAUCAGUUCUAAUUUCUGACUUAUAUGGACGUGUCAUAACCGGUAAAGAUAUUGAGAAAGGUUUUGAUAUUCUUCAAGAGAACUUACCGGACUUAAUUUUGGACACACCCGAAGCGCCACAUAUUUUAGCUAACUAUAUGGCACGUGCAGUAGCUGAUGAUUGUAUCCCACCAAAGUACAUAACUAAACCUGUAGACUUUAAUUCUAUGAAUGAGUAUGCAGUGGUGGCUAUUAAGCAAGCCGAUACUCUGCUUAAUAUGAAGCAGGGCUUGGCUCAUUUGGACAAUGUCUGGGGCAUGGGUGGACCGUUACGACCGGUUAAAUUCAUUACCAGAGAAAUGACAUUGUUGUUGAAGGAGUAUUUAUCGUCUCGUGAUAUUCAGGAGGCGCAUCGCUGUUUAAGAGCGCUUGAAGUUCCUCAUUUCCAUCAUGAAUUGGUCUAUGAGGCCAUUGUCAUGGCAUUGGAAUCUUUAAGCGUCAGCACUGAAGAAGCAAUGUGCGAGUUGUUGAAAUCUUUGGAUCAAGCUUGUUUGGUCUUGCCAGCAACUAUGGAACAGGGCUUCCAGCGAGUAUAUGAUGACAUGGCCGACAUUGUAUUGGAUGUUCCGUUGGCGUACAUAAUAUUGGAUCGUUUUGUGGAGCGUUGUAGCAAUGCCGGUUUUCUUACUGAUAAAAUUAUUAUUAAUAUGCCCUCUAGAGGGCGUAAACGUUUUGUCUCCGAAGGAGAUGGUGGCCAUAUCAAACCACAAACAAUUCCAAUUCGUGACUAAAACUGCAUUGAAAUGGAUGAUUGAUCUCAUUUUCUUUGAUUUUUGUUUGUUUUAAUGAGAAGAGAAUUUUAUAAUAACCUCCCCCAACAAAAACCACCAACUAUAAAAAUCAAAUCAAUAAUAAUAAUAUUCCUACCCACAUUUAAAAAAAAUAAAUAAAUAUUAUAAUAAAACAAAAGAGAAGAAACAAGCUUUGGUACUAUGCAAUGCAGUAUCUAGACAAAAGAUAUACAGUAUAUACAAACAAUUGAUUUAUUAAUUAAAAGUAAGAACAGCAAUAAGAACGAAAUAUAAAAAUGAAUAUAAAUAAUUAAUUCUUUUAUAAUUUUAAUGACUCAGACAACAUUACAAAAAUAAAUAACAACAUCAAAAAGAAAAAUCUGUAUUAAGAAUAAUUGAAAAAUCGCAUAUAAAAUGUAAACAGCAUUUUUUCUUCUGACAUUUUUAUAAAUGAAACAAAGUAUAAACAACUUUUUGAAAGUUUUUAUCACUGCUUCUAUUUGAUUUUAAAUUAAGAACACGGCGAAUAUUUCUAUUGCAUUAUUAUUUUCUUGUACAUGCUUAAAGUUAUAAUUAUCUUUUUAUUUCCUAACAAUUGUCAUGAAUUCCUUUUUUUAAACUUUAUUAUAUUUUCACAGAUACUUUUUUUGUAUUUUUCUACAACAGAAUAUUGGCACGAAGCAAUUUAUGUGUAUAGAUAUAUUAAAAAGAAAAAUGUUUUUAUUUUUAUGUAUGAAUUCAAUAAAUCUUAACAAACGAUAAAUAUGUGAGAAAUUUAAUGUUGCAGACUUUAAAACAAACAAAAAUUACUAAAAGGCAAAUAAGAUUAAUUAUAACUUAAAUGAAAAUAAUAAAAAACUGCUAUUAAUAUAAAACAUUUACUUACUUUAUAUACAAACAAAAUAUUACUAUAAUUAUAAUUAUUACAUGUUAAGGAUUAAAGAAAAAACAAAAAUAAAAUUAAAUAAAAAAUA